AUGUCCUGUGAAUCUUGCCUGCCUGCCCUGAGCUGCCGCACCAGCUGCUCCUCCCGGCCCUGCGUGCCCAACAGCUGCCACGGCUGCACCCUGCCCGGGGCCUGCAACAUCCCUGCCAAUGUGGGCAACUGCAAUUGGUUCUGUGAGGGCUCCUUCAAUGGCAAUGAGAAGGAGACCAUGCAGUUCCUGAAUGACCGCCUGGCCAGCUAUAUGGAGAAGGUAAGGCAGCUGGAGAGAGAGAAUGCAGAGCUGGAAUGUCGGAUCCAGGAGAGGAACCAGCAGCAGGACCCUCUGGUGUGCCCUGCCUACCAGGCCUACUUCAGGACCAUUGAGGAGCUGCAGCAGAAGAUUCUGUGUGCUAAGUCUGAGAAUGCCAGGCUGGUCGUGCAGAUCGACAAUGCCAAGCUGGCCUCUGAUGACUUCAGGACCAAGUACCAGACUGAGCAGUCCCUGAGGCAGCUGGUGGAGUCAGACAUCAACAGUCUGCGCAGGAUCCUGGAUGAGCUGACCCUCUGCAAGUCUGACCUGGAGGCUCAGGUGGAGUCUCUGAGGGAGGAGCUGCUGUGUCUCAAGAAGAAUCAUGAGGAGGAAGUGAACACCCUGCGUUGUCAGCUUGGAGACCGCCUCAACGUGGAAGUGGACGCUGCUCCCACUGUGGACCUGAACCGUGUGCUCAAUGAGACCAGGUGUCAGUACGAGGCCCUGGUGGAAACCAACCGCAGAGAAGUAGAGGAAUGGUUCACCACACAGACCGAGGAGCUGAACAAGCAGGUGGUGUCCAGCUCAGAGCAGCUGCAGUCCUGCCAGGCAGAGAUCAUCGAGCUGAGACGCACAGUCAAUGCCCUGGAGAUCGAGCUGCAGGCCCAGCACAACCUGAGAAACUCUCUAGAAAACACACUGACGGAGAGCGAGGCUCGCUACGGCUCCCAGCUGUCCCAGGUGCAGUGUCUGAUCACCAACGUGGAGUCCCAGCUUGGUGAGAUCCGUGCUGACCUGGAGCGUCAGAACCAGGAGUACCAGGUGCUGCUGGAUAUCCGGUCCCGGCUGGAGUGUGAGAUCAACACGUACAGGAGCCUGCUGGAGAGCGAGGAUUGCAACCUUCCAUGCAACCCAUGCGCUACCACCAACGCUAGCGGUAGCUGCUGUGGACCUUGUGGCAGCUGUCAAAAGCGUUGCUGUUAA